UGUCAUUUACUCAAAUCAUAAACUUACGCUUGUUGGCAUUGAUUUAGUUUAUUUCGAGCUGAAAUGGCUUCGGUUGUAUUUUUAGCUUUUAUUUCGUCGUUGUUUCUUUUAAUAAUAAUUAAUACAAGUGUUCAGUUUAAUUCUGUUGAAGGUUUACCCCUUUCCCAAGGGAAAAGGAAUAUUGUUUACACUCGUUACGUUCGAAGGAGGCCAAUACCGUAUUCGAAUAAUUAUGUCCGUGAAGUGAUUGAGGUUUUUAAAACUCAUCGAAGACCACCACCUUAUGCUUUUCUGCAUGAUGAGGAUCUAACAAGAUUCGUUAGGUGUGAUUUUGAUCCUAGUAUGCCAGAUUGUGGUGAAGAAACAAAUUCAGCUACCACUUCGGAAAGAUCAUCAACUUCUUCAACUACAUCGCGGUCUGAUAUUUCAACUUCAACUUUAGCACCUUUUGCGACUUCUACUCGUACAACUUUUACGCCAUUGUCAUGGUGGGAUCGAAGAACUGAAGAAAGUUCUACGGAAACACCAACAACAUCAACAACUACUACAGAACAGAAUAUUCCUCAAUUAGGAUUACCUGAGGCAAUAACUUCAACUUCAAAACCUCUAGUUUCUAUAGAUCUUGAAGAUGAAGAAACUAAUAAAAGUGAAGAUGGCAAUGAAUAUGAUGAUGGGUUCAACAAGGAAAGAAAUAACGAUCCGGGUGAAACUGAAUAUUAUGAUGAAGGCGAAGAAGAUGAGAAUAAUAAUUCUCAAGGUGUAACAAAUGAUAAUGAAGUUGAAGAAGAAGCUGAAGCCGAAGUUGAAACUGCCGAUGAUGCAGAUACAGAAGUUGAGACACAAACUCAAGAAACGACAGUUAAGCCGACAACAAAGUCGUUUUUAAAUUGGUUUUAAGGUUAAGUUAAUAUUUAAACUGUGGAUUUAAAAAUAAAAAUACUAUUUUUUAAGAAGA